GGGGCGAGAACAACCUGAUCCAGCGGCGCUAAUGAACGGAAGAGAGGAAGCAGAGACAAGGAGAGCCGUGUGAGAUAGAUCAGAGUGAGCAGCUAUGAGAGGCGCUUAGAUAGAACAGUCAGGCUAUUUGCAGUUAAAGGACUCGCGCUGGAAUGAGAAUUUGACUUUUGCAGCGGAGCGUCCAGAGAAUUACGCACGAACGCGCCAUUCCCAAGGUGAGCCAACUUUUACGCACGGACCUUUGGAGAUGCGGGGUUUCGCUCAGGAGGAGAAUGCUGAAUUGUUGUUGCAUUUAACUGCGAUUUUGGAACGACAGCGCGCAAACUGAUCCAAGAUUGGCCGGAGCUUUGACCGGAAAGUGGACGCAUCCAGCACUUUGGCGCAUAUCGUAGAACACGUUUGAAUAAUCACACAUUUGGAGACAUUCUCGGGAUCUUGGCGGGGGCUUACUGUGACUCUCUCUGACACUGCAGACUGGUAAUAGGAAUUGUGUGGCGGUCGCCUUCGUGCGCCGUUACACCCUGCAUUACGCACCUGUCCCACAGCACCCCUGACGUCUCCUUUUGUGAGUUUUCUAAACAGCGGUAUGGACAGAGCCAGACGUCUAGCCUGCGCGUGAGUCAUUGUGAGCAAACACUCGGACGCGCGGCGCUUAUAAGCACUGACACAUCCGAGGAUAUUUAACAGUGCGUGCCUCGCACAAGCGGCCGGCACUCGACACCGGUGCAGCCGGGGGAUUGGACGCCGAGGUGCUAAAUGCCCAGCCGGUCGCUUGCGGCUCCUCAGGCUGGGCGGCAACAUGAGGUCCUGGGUCCUGCUGCUGCUGCUGGCUGCGCUCUCAGCGGCACGUCUGCGGCUCGGAGGCGCUGAGGGUGAUCCACUCCCUCCGUCGCUGGUCGACCUGGUGAGGAACUCUCCCAUCACCUCUGUGGACGACCUGAAGCUGCUGCUGCAGCAGGAAACCAAUGCAAUAGAAGAAGAAGAAGAUGAGCAUGAUAUUCUCACUAAUCGCACCCAUGGCCGAUACACUAGAAGUCUUGUAGAUGCGCAGCCGGCCCAGCAGGCAGCGUGCAAAGUUCGGACGGAGGUGAUGGAGGUGACGAGGUCCAUGCUGGACCGACGCAACGCCAACUUCCUGUUGUGGCCACCCUGCGUUGAGGUUCAGCGAUGUUCCGGCUGCUGCAACACCAGGCUGCUGCAGUGCGUCCCCACCGUCACCUCCAGCAGAUACCUGCAGGUGAUAAAGAUCCAGUACAUAAACAGGAAAGCCCACUAUGACAAAGCCAUCAUCUCAGUGGAAGACCACGUCAGCUGCAGGUGCCAACCUCCCUCAUCUUCCUCAUCCUCGUCUUCCUCCACGCACUCCUCCAUUCAGAGCAACCCCAUCCCACCUUCUCCACAGCAGCCUCCCCCAUCCUCCCACCUUCCCCUGGCCCUUCCCAGGUCCGUCCACCCUGCUGCACCAAAAACUCAUGCCUCCAAGGCUGACCUGCAUCGCCACGACGACCUGAAGCACAACCAGCAGCACUACCUAACUGAGGAGCGUGAGCCGGUGGCGAAGCAGUGGCAGCAGGGUAGUUACACCCAACUGGUGCACUGGACGCAGCCCAGGGUGCACCAGGCACCCUCACACGUGCAGCCGGGGGUGCACCAGCCGAUUGCCGGGGUGCUCGGGCCGGUAAGCAGCUGGCCAUCCGAAGCGAGGGCGGAGCAUAGUAUCAUGGGGAGUACACAGCAGGUCGGGCAGGGGAGCGGGUCUGAUGGGAGCAGGGAGGAAAGCGGCGCGCAUGUAGCAAACAGCAGUGGGGAAGCGCAUCAUCCAGAUCACAUGCAGAGGCAACAGCAGUUGUUAGAGCAUCAGCAAAGACAGCUUCAGCAGCAAUAUCAUCAUCAGCCGAAUUAUCCCCUGCAGUACAACCACGGAGCAGCUGAGGACCAAGAGCUGAGGACACAAUAUCGACUCAAUGGUCCUCAAUCAGACAGCGCCUCUCCGCCUGGCAGCCCAACCCAGCUGCCCAGAUUAGAACAAAACCCCACCCCUCCUAUGACGACCUAUCAAAAAGACUCAGUGACCAGCCAAAAAAAUACAGAGGUCACGAAUCACAGACAGGCUGAGAGUAAAACAGCCAGUCAAAGAGAAGGGAACGAGAAGGAGGAGAGUGGGUCGGCCAAUAGUGGGGACGCGGCUGGGGGAGAGCUGGCCAAUCAGGGGAAGGAUAAAGACUCAAAACUGACCAGUGGGGAUGGUCAUUUAACAGAGGAGGAGAGGAGACAGAAAGCUCUGGAGAUGGUACAGAGGGAACUGGAUCGAGAGACUCAUCUUCAUCCGCAUCAUCCUCAGCAAAGACCAAAACCGACCAUGUUUAAAACAGCCCCCUCCACUGUGGCGCCCAACUUGCCCUCUGCCCGUCGGGCCCCGUUCCGACCAGCCUCGCCUCGCCGCAGGAGGAAACACCGCAAACGCAUCAGCAAAGCAGCCAUCAGAGCCAUGAUCAUGUAGAGCUGCAGGAAAUGGUAAAGCUAUCGAAAGCUUUUGGCCGGACACACUGCACCGAAGGACUAUGGAGAUACAAGAAAAACAUUGGAUUGUUCAAUGUGAGGUGACUGACUGUGGACAGAUGCUGAGGUAUCUACAGAGAUGAUGGACACUGCGGGUGUUUUUCAUAGACAACUGUGGAGAAAGUCACCUUUCCUGCUCCAGAGCUGCCGCAGAGCGUCCAGCUUCAUGGAUAUAAUAGAAGUGCAAUCUAAUGAACUCCUUGGAAGGGAGGAUAUUUGUCACACUAAACACUGGAUUUAAUUUGUAUGAACCACAAAUCCCAUUAACGUGGAUCGAUGGAAGCUUAUCAGAUGCCCAAAAGCUAGAAUGUUGGUCUCUUCUUGCAGCCAUUGAUUGGCUGCUUAGGCACUUUUGACUUCUAGCUCAAAAACUGAUUGGUCCAGAAAUGGAGAACUUGACAAUGACUCAGACUAAGAAGUCAUUAUUGGGGGCUAAAUGUGGAGCUCAAGAUGAAACUGGAGAUGUGGAGAACUGGAUUUCUACACUGGGACGAUAACUGGAAACUGGAGAGUGCAGCUCAGGCCUCAAUGCCAAACAUUACUGUUAUCCUACAAUGUCUGAAUCUUUAUCUAACACUGGAGUAGCCAUACACUGAUCAUACUACAUUGACUAGAGAAGUGCUCUACCGUGUACUGUAGCAUAAUGUACUGGAAAAUAUCGAUAACCUGCUCGUUUUGUACUACUGCCAGAUCAAAAUGGAAUAACAACCAAAUGCCUGCCUAGAUAACAUGCUAUGAAUAUCCACAUUAAAGAAAGUCUUAAAGACCUGGCUUUUAGAGAUCGCUGUGAGCCAGUUAUAGCCAACACUGUAUGUAUAAAUGCUUUAAGAAAAUGAUUUCUGAGGGGAAAAAGAAAAAACUUUAUUUCUUAACUUAUUUAAAAAAAGGAGGAUAUGAAGUCCUCCAGUUCUCAAGUGUAAUUAUUGUUGCAGACAUGUUUCAGAAUAUAAUUAUUGGUUGUACAACUGUACUGUUAUGAAUGUUAUUUUUAAUAAAAAAUAAAAA